AUGAUAAUUUUACUAAAUUUUGUAGAAUUGAUAAUAAAAAUGAUUUAUGUGAAAGGUGCAAGAAUAGCUGCAGAUGCUAUUGGAAUGGUAGCUAGCUUAUCCAAUUUUGCAACCCUCGUCUGGGAUAGUGACACCAAAGAAAAUUUUAAUAAGCUUGAAAAACUUGAAGAGACCAUCAAUAACUUAAUUAAAAGGCUUGAAUCAGAAAAAUCAAAAAUUGAGAAUAAAAUAAGAAUGCACAAGGGAUUAAGAGGUAAGAUGGAAAUCAUCAUUUCACAUUUAGAAGAUCAUCUUGAUAUGCAAAAGUUAGCGAAUUCCAAUAAAAUGAAUUUAAACACCCAAACAAUGAGAGGAAAUUAUUCAAAUCCUGAAACUAUAAGCACGAGAAAUCUAUUAAGCAUUUCGACUGAGGCUGUACUUAAAGGAUUCCCAAGCCAGUUAAAACGUGGAUUUUUUUACUUUGAAAAAGCAACAAAUGGACAUUAUGAUGUCAAAGAUGUAACUUUAUGAAAAGGUUUUAAAUGCGGUUGGAGCAUUGGAAUGGCUCUCUAUAAUAUUUAUGACUCCUACGAUACAAUAUCUAAAGCAAAAAACAAGAAAGAAGAAAGUGAAAGAUUGCUCACAGAGGCUAUAAAAAGAAAGGAGGAAUUAGAAGAAGCAGUCAACAUGCUUAAAAAAGUUAGCGAUAGCUUAACUGACAAUUUAAAAAAGCUAGCAAAUAAUUUUUAUGAGAUUUAUGAAAAAAAUGCUAAGACAAUAACAGACUUAUUACCUUUGGAAAAUGAAUUUAGAGCUGUAAAAGAAGAAGUAUUAGAAAUUGUGCAUGCUGGAGAAGAGCUUAGAAUUUCGAAUUCAGUUUAUUCUAAAAUAUAUCAUAUUAUUAAUUCUGUCAUUGAUAUGGUCAAGGCCAGCUAUCAACAAUGAGAUCAAGCAUUAAUGGAAAGUUCAAUUAAAAAAAUUAUCAGUUACUUGGAGGAUUUAAUUGAUGAUAGCGAAGAAUUAAUCCAUGAAGUUUAUGAUAAAUCAAAAGAAUCUUAUAGCACAUUGACUUUUGAAGUUGUUGAGCGUGUUUAUUUAGAAUACAAAAGAAGCAAAGAGCUUAAAGAAAUAAUUGCUUCCAUGAUGAGAAAUACGCAUAAUAAAUCAGAAAGCGAUGAAGAAUUAAUAAAUAGAAUUUACCAAGGCUCUCGCAGAGAUUAUCCUUUAAUUACUUUGAGUUUAAUUAGAGAAACUCUAGAAGAGAUAAAACAAGCAAAUUGCAUUAGGGAUGCUCAAUAA